CCCUAAAGAAGUAGAGUGUAGGGCACCCAGCACCAUAAAUCCGGUACUUACCUCUCUCUCUAUGUAAUUAGUGGCAGGAAUAUAAAUAUAAAGUGCAUAAGGCAAUUGAUUUAUAGGGAUAAAGCGGUGUGUGAGUUUUUUUUUUUUUACAUUGCUAAGUUUUACAGAAAUGGGUACUAAAAGUGUAAUUUUUGGUGUUUGUCUGGAGACUGUUCCUGCUGCAGGUUUUUAUUCUACUGGGCUGUUUAUGGUCUGAAGGUGCAGCAGGAAUCUCAGCAAAGGCUCCAAACACCCUCCCCGCUCCCAAGCACGGCCCUCGGCAAACACACACAUCACACAAGAACUGUCAGCUCUCCUCUCGGAGCAGCAGUCUGUGAGUCUCUGAGAUGCCACAAACACAUCAAGGUGAGGGAAAAGCAACACGUGCACCUAUGUGAGCCCCAUACCCCUGGUAUUCAGCCAUGGAGGACAGAAGAUAGUGGUGGUUUCCUAAUUACAACUGCCCCAGAGGGGUGUCUGCAGCACAGAGAAAUACCUUUGGCACAACUGAAUGUGUCUGGUGGAUCUUCCUGGGAAGGAAUCUUGGAGAGAUGGAUCACAAUUACUCUAUGUUGCUCUCUGGGUACCAGUUGGCCAACGCCUCCAAAGAGAUAGAAGGACUCAGUGAGGACGAUAAUGCCAGCCUACCUAUGGAUGGAUUAAAAUGUUUCCAGAUCCUCAUUGCCACCAUCUACUCAUUGGUCUGUGCCUUGGGACUAAUGGGCAACUUCUUUGUGAUGUACCUCAUUAGAGCCAAGAGGGCUGUGGAACUUACAGCCAUUGAUGUUUUUAUCUUCUGCCUGGCAUUAACCGAUUUCCAGUUUGCCCUCACUAUGCCAUUUUGGGCAGUUGAUGCCCUUUUGGACUUCAGCUGGCCCUUUGGACACCCCAUGUGCAAGAUAGUCCUGACAAUGACUGUCCUGAAUGUCUAUGUCACUGUUUUCCUGCUCACAGCCAUGGCCAUUACGAGGUACUGGGCAGUUGCUUCUGCGUUGAGUCUCAGGUACCGCGUGUCUACCUCAGCCGCCAAGGGCAUCAGCUUGGCUCUGUGGUUGGUAGCUGUGGUUGCCACCAUCCCCACCACCAUCUUUGCCACCACUUACCAAGUCUUGGGGGAGGAACUCUGUCUACUAAAAUUUCCAGAGAAUAAGUGGCUGGCCACCUACCACCUCCAAAAAGUCAUUGUUGGGUUUGUCAUACCUUUCCUGCUGAUCUCCACCUCCUACAUCUUACUCUUGAGCUUCCUCAGGCAGCAUAGAGUCAAUGCCAACAACAGAGACCGGCAGAGUCGCAUCACCAACUCCGUCCAGCUGGUCAUCAUGGUGUUCUUCAUCUGCUGGUUCCCCAACCAUGCUGCCACCUUCUGGGGGAUCUUAAUAAAAUAUAGAGCCGUGCAGUGGAGUGAUGCCUUCUACUUUUUCCAUACCUACGUAUUCCCAGUCACCCUGUGCUUGGCCCAUUCCAACAGCUGCCUCAAUCCCAUCAUCUACUGCCUGAUGAGGAAAGAGUUCAGGAAGGCGCUGAAGGCCUCCUUUUGGCAACUGCAUGCUUUUGCUGCCUCUUUGUGGCCAUCUUGGUCUUGCAAGAGCACUACCUCGGACCAGGAGACCAUGGUGCCUUUGUACAGGGAGGCCAGUUUCCCCAAUAUAGUUAGCAAGGACUACGCCAUUACCUCUGUGUGUACUGUAACCACCAUUCAAGAGUUCACCACCAAAGACCAAAGCCACCAGAGCACUGGACUGAGAGGAUUGGAUACGGCCACUGUAUAGCACUAUGGUGGCCACAAUGACCAUCCAAUACGUAGCCCCCUAUCCAACGUCUGGUAUAGCUACAUCUGGUAGCUGGUUUCUCCUUACCACGGAGAUGCUCUCCAAGCGUUGGGCGCGAGGCCUUAUUAAGUGCUUAAAAGCUUCAAUUGCAGUCAUUUAUCAAGCAAAGCCAGACGGCCUAUUGGCUCUUGGUAAACAGAUUUAUUGAGCGGCACUUGGGGAAUGAUUGAGUCUGUUACUUGGGAUAUUAACUCUUUCAGACAUAUUCUACUCAUCAAUGUAAAUCUCUGCCCUACCAGACUCUUGAUUGGGAGCCUUAUUGAUUAGAAAAUGGGCAAGUCUUAUCGGGGGGUAAUUACAGAGGUGUUAAUGGUGUUUAUAUACACGGGGCAAAACCCCCCCCAACGUGUAGAACUUGUUCGGCAGCCAGAAGGUUUUACUAGAGGCUUUAAAUGAGCAAUGAUAGGGAGUCAUGGGCUGGGUAGAGGCAGCAAAUGCCCUUUGUGCAGGGUGGGAGCAAUUCAAUUUCAUGGUGCAAAGUAGUUAUGUAUUAGGGGUAAGAUUGUGGAUGUAUAAUAUAGGGGUCACUAUAGAAAAGAAAGAGAAACCCCCAAAGCUUUCCCCUCUAGAGCCUCCCCAAGCAUGGGAUCACCCUCUGUAUGUGACAUUGUUUCCAUGGGUGUAACUGAAACAUUAUAUCACGAGUAUUAAUAUCAGUAGCCUUGUCUUUGGCUAAAAGGGCAACCGACCCUUCCUUGAAACCGUCUACUGUAUCCGCCAGUCCUGUCCAUGACUACCAUUUCCUAUAUGAAAUCAACGUUCUCUUUCCUUUAGUGAGAGGCUGGUUCAUGAAGAGUUUGGCCCCUGUGCUUUUCAUUGGAUCAUAUAAUAGGGCCCCCCUGUUAGAAAUGGGGGUGGGGCCACUUAAAAAUUCUCAUUGUUAUAAAAUCAGCCCACUAGGGAGCGAAUCAUUGUAAUAAGGGUGGAACGAUAAGUACAGCUUCCAGCAUGCUCAGCUGAUAUUGGACUGACAAGGCAUGCUGGGAGUUGUAGUAUACAGAGUUAGACUGGGAGAGUUGCAAUUCUGUGUUUUGUGUGCUAGACUGUGUGUAUAGUAUGCACUACAGUAUAAACUACAACUCCCAGAAUUCCAUAAUCGGUCACCUACAUUCCUCUGGUGUCCUAUAGGGCUAAUUCCACCCAUAUAUUAAAUAAAAACGUACCAUGAUGUUAGAGGUAUGUGUAAUUGCUAUUGAGCAGUCUUUACCUUGCUCUUCUCUGCACUGCUGGUCCUGACUACACAGCCCUCCGCCAGCCAAGACUCCCGUUACCCACAAUGCCUCACCAGAGUUCCCUGAUUCUCCUUCUUUCCAUGUCAGUUAACCACAGAACAGGCAAUGGACUGCGCAGUCUAUUUAGGAAGGGAGCCGACUAGUGCUGCUUGGGAUAUGUAGUUAGAACCUACAGUGCAGAGAUAUUGCUUUCAAAAACAAUUGCAUUUAAAGGAAUAGUUCUAGGUCAAUAUUCUUCUCUUGAUCUUUCCUUGUAACAGGAUAAAGUUCAUUGACUGCCCUCUUGGACUCUUAUAUUUAUAUAUAUGGACCAGAGCUCUCCUUGCAAUUGACUCUGCUUAAAGGUCAAGCUAUACCCUAAAAUUCACUCUAUACAUCCCUAUGGACUUAAAGAAGAGAGAUACAAAGCCAUGUUUGUGGCAAUCCCAAUAGACUACUUGCACUUGCCCAUUUUUGGACUGUAAGCUGUGAUACAUUGUAAUGGACAAUGAACCGGCGGUUCCGACUGUCUGAUAUAUGUAUGAAUAUAUGUAUGUGCUGUUAUUAGUUUGCUGUAUUUCUUCCCAGGCAGAGAGGGGCUCCAAUGCCACUGCUAAGGGGAGAGACUGGGAGUGUGACAGUUUGCUGGGAGUCCAGUAAUAAAGGAGUUAAUGCUGAAGCCCCUGUGUUUUGCUCGGUCAUUUCAUUGGUGCGAGGCUUGGGCAGCGGUUGUGCAAACACAGCAGUGUGUGUAAUGAGAUUAUGGGCCCUCGGCAUGUCUCUCGAUUCUCCAGUCGGAACGCAAUGUGAAUCUGGCCUUUUACAUGGAACCUACACACACUGGGGGGGGGGUGACAGUUGCGCAGGUGGCAGUUGCGUGUCAGUUUCCCGCAUGAGUGCAGAAAGUGACAGUUUGUGUUGGAAUAGUUCUGCUGGCUGGAAACCAACUGCAAAGUAGACGAGGAUGAUAAAAGGCACAGGUCCAUCAAGGAUAUUCCUUUCAAUCUAUUUGCUAAAAAGGAAUCCGACCCUUCUUGAAACUGUCUAAUGUAUCUGCCAUUACAGCCGCUUCAUGGAGAGAAUCCCUCCCCUUCCCUCUGGUUCUCACUGAGAUUAAACGACUACUCCCAGCACCCACCACCUUCACUGCAGGGCAGGUCCCUGUAUCCACCUCCAUUUCUCAGCAUGAACUCUGAUUACCCCGGGGCCCCGAGUAAUUGUCCCUAAACCGAUUUGCCAUUACACAGAAAUCUCCCUCGCAGCCGCGCAGGAUAAACCCUGUCAAUAUUUGCUGCGUUUGAUUAGAUAAACUCCUGAUUGAUGGAGCCUUUAAUUAACAAGGUGCUGUGUCCCCCCCGCAGGGUUAACCCCUUAUCUGCCAGGCUGCUCAGCGCUUGCCUCGGCUUGUAGAGGUAUAAACAUCGCUCUGGCAGUGACGCGGUUACAUUUAUUACCCUGUGCAAAUAUUGUGGUUGUAAAUGGCCCAGGCGAGCGUGUAUUGUGCACUAAAUAAAUUGCCUUUUUAUAUCCUCCAAUUAAAUCACAGAGACUCUCGCGGAAAGUCCAGGUGGGCGGGGAGAAAAAGGAAUACGCCAGAGAUGCGCUCAUCCCAAUGUUCCGCUGUAUUUCAGCUUUAAUUCCCUUCUCAAACUUCAUAUAUAUAUAUAAAAUCAUAUAUACUGCCGCUUACAAUGGGGAUCAGAUAGGAUCUGUGC